UGAACAUAGGAAUAGAAUAGCAGUCGUCUACACGCUGUAAAUAUAUAUUACUCUUAUUUAGUCAGUAUUUUUGUGCAUGUGCAGUGCAAUACUUGUGUACUUGUGCAUUACACAGAGUGAAAUUUAUAUGCAAGCAAGACAAAAAUUGCACACAAAUGAAACCAUAUUAGAAAAUCCGUAUUUUACGCCUUUGGAGUAGGGCAGGCCAUAAACAGUUGGUAACCAUAUUAAUAAAAACCGCCAGACUUGUCGGCUGUUGUUAGUGACCACAUCCUAUCCAUAAUUCAACUCUGCUGUUUGAUUGAAGUAUUUGGGUGAGGAGUCACGGCGCGUUCAUGCAUUCCCAGUUGCAAAAGAACAUUGUCCAAUCCGUUCCCACAAUAGGCGGUCCCAUCCCACGGCUUUACGCGGUGUUCCCCUCCCAUCCACGCUGCUACCGUCUCUCUUCUCGUCGCUUCCUUAUUGCCGAGCCUGGGAAGACAGGACUGGCUGAACGCAGCAUAAUUUUUGACUCGUGUUACAUUAGCUAGACGAGGAAACCCGGAGGCAUGGCUGCCGCGCCGGGCUGUCCGCGCUUGUAAUGCGCCGCCGCCUCCUCUCUCGGGUGAAUCCGUCCUCUUUGGCCAGCAGCAGUGCGGCGCAAUGGAUGUGUGAACCCUUAGCCGCUGCCUCCCAUCACACGCUACAGCCCGCAGGCACCAGCGACUCCAGUAGACAGUCGAUACUGGUCGAGUGAGCGGACGGAUUAUAGCUGCAAGGCAAGACGUCGAAGGCGGGGGAAGCUGGAACUAUGAAGCGCUGGCAACAUGUCUAAGGCCACGGUCAAGAAACUACACUGGCGUUCCAAAGUGCAAGAGAGCUUCGUACCUCUGGGCGGAGCCUCGGGGGAACUGGGCUUGGCGAUCGGGGGCGGUGCCGACUAUGGCGAGUUCCCAUUCGUGACUGCAGCCCCUGGAGGCGGAGCCACGGUGGGCGACAUCAUCCUGGAGAUCGGCGGCACGCCGGUCCUGGGGAUGACCCUGGGAGACGUCAGAGGGGUUCUCAACUCAUGCCCCCACCCCAUCCGCAUCAAAACUGUCUCGCCAGGUUCCACUCUGUGUAAGGACCUGCGGUUAUAUUUAAGCAAGUGCUUCACGCCAGGAUCCAUGGACAGCCAGCUCCAGCAGGUCAUACGAGAGAAUCUUUACCUGCGAGCCGUGCCCUGCACCACCAGGCAGCCGCGGGAUGGCGAGAUCUCUGGGGUGGACUACAACUUUGUCUCUAUCGAGGAGUUCUUCUCUCUGGAGGAGUCUGGGGCUCUGCUGGAGAGUGGCAAGUUCAAAGGGAACUACUACGGCACGCCACGGCCGGUGCACAUCGGGCCGGACAGCCCUCCCAUCACCUACCAGGAGCACCGCAACCUGCUGAGGAACUUCCGCACACGCAGCAAGAGCCUCAGCAACCUGGAGAAGGCCAUGGAGGAAUGUGAAAACAGCGAGGAAGACUCCGGCCUCUCAGCAGGGUCUGCAGGGGCGAGCAGCGUUCCACCCACCACCAUCAUCUCCCCCAAUCAAACCUGGGACUCGGGCGGGGCUCGGGACGGGGGCGGGCCCAUGGAGAACGGAGCCCGCGGCGGGGCGCUGCCUGAAAAUUGGGAGAUGGCAUUCAGUGACUCAGGAGAACCCUACUACAUUGAUCACAACUCAAAGACGACGAGCUGGCUGGACCCUCGGACCCACAGUAAAGAGGUCGUCAGCAAGACGGAGUUGCCUCCAUUCACAGACCAGCCGUCUGAUCUUAAGGGCUAUUCCAUACACACACGCCUGUCCAAAGGGCCUCGGGGGUUUGGCUUUAACAUUGUGGGUGGCAGCAGACCCAGAGAGUUCCUGCAGGUGUACAGCGUCACACCUGGAGGUCCACCUGCGCUAAACACAGCGGACAUCCUGGUUUACAUCAACGACACCUGCGUGCUGGGUAUGUCCCAUAAGGAGGUGGUGGAGAUACUGAAGGCCGUCCCCAUGGGACACAGCGUGGACGUGGUGCUCCGUCGGGGCUACCCCAUGCUCUACAACCCCGACGGUUGCCCCAAGACCAGCCUCACGUCCCCUGCCAACCCCACCCCUGCCCUGGGUGCCGCCCAGGCUCUGCCUCCCUCCGAGGGGCUGCCCAGGCUCAACCGCGCCAUGUCCCUUCACAACGGCUUCUACCCCCGCCUGCAGAAGGAGGUCCUGGACGCCAAUGGCAACAUGGCGGCCCCGCCCUCCUACCCCAUGCCCAAUGGAAACGCAGCCACGGGGACGGCCAUCGCUUGCUCGAAGCCAGCCCCGCCGCAUCGGGAGAGGAUGAGCUCCAGCCACAGUGACACAGAGGUCAGCUCUGUGGUAACACGCAGAGCCUCCCUCAUCCGUAGCUAUAACAACAACACCCUCCCCACCCCUUCACUGGCCCACCAGAGCUCCAAGUCUUCCGAGAGUGACAUGUCCAGCGGUGCCCUUCCUCUGCCCCAGCCCGAGGUGGGCCCUUCCACCGCCCCGCCCGGCGCCCCCAGUGGCCAGCGGUCCCUCGCGCCCCAGGCCUCGCACGUGCUCACCCCCCCAACGGAGCUCCCGCCCUGCGGCUUCAAGGGCUGCCCGGCGGCCGACCCCCGGCGGCCUGCCCCGGGGGGUCUGGCCACGCCCGCCGGCGCACCCUCCGUCGCCGCCGGGGCCGGAGCCGGGGGCGAGCUGGUGCCCGUGGCCCUGGGGAGGAGCGAUGGGGGGGGGAUGGGCUUCAGCGUGACGGCCGGCGGCCAGGGCGGGCAGCUCGCCCUCGUCAAGCGCGUGUGGGACCGGCGACAGUGCCCCUCCCUGCAGCCUGGUGACGCCAUCAUCAAAAUAAACGGCGCAGACGUGCAGAACCUCAGCUUCGCUCAGGUGCAGAGAGUCCUACAGGAGCAUACGAGACAGGGAGAGGUGGUUCUGCUCGUUUAUAGAGGAGGGUCGGUCUGCUCGCCCGUCUCCCCAAACUCCUGCAAAGCCAUCCCUCCACCUCAGGGCCCCGUGGACCUGACCUCGCCCUCCUCAGACGCACCGACCACGGCCAGCCAGAGCACCGUCUCGCCCCGGUCCCCCUCCAGUGAUCUUCCGCCACUGGUCCAGAGCACCAGCUUCCUGGACUCCGUGCCCGUCACCCUGACCAUGGAACCCCGGGACUGGAUGGGACGGAGGGACCAGGGGCCCCGUGCCGUCGCCUCCACUCUGGGAGCCGCGUCCAAAUCCCAGGCGGACGGGAGGGGGGCGGGCCCCUCCAAAAGCCUGGAGGUGGAGCUGAGGAGGCGGCCAGGGGAGGGCUUCGGCUUCGUCAUCGCCACCCAGGAAGUGAACGGAGCGACAUCGCUGUUCUCCCACACGUUUGUGACGGUGCGCAGGGGCGGUCCGGCGGCACGCAGUGGCCAGAUCCAGCACGGCGACCAGCUGGAGGCGGUGGAGGGUCGGCCGAUGAUGGGGCUGCCCCACCGGGACCUGGCGCAGAUCCUGCGACGUGCGGGGAACACGCUCCGCCUCACCAUCCUCCCGCGUCCUGGCAACAGCACGCCUGAUGCCCACCCGCCUGCCUGGGGAGGGGGACUUGACCCUGCCAACUUGUCAGAGUACACAGAUUUUGAUCCAGAGAGCAGAUUAAGAAAAGGGCACAGAUCCAAACAAAAAGACCCACGGUAUUACAAUGUGGAUCUGGAGAGAGGCCCCACGGGUUUUGGCUUCAGUCUCAGAGGGGGCAGUGAGUACAACAUGGGCCUCUACGUACUCGGCCUAAUGGAAGGUGGGCCUGCGUCUCGAAGCCAGAAGAUCCAGGUAAGCGAUCAGCUGGUGGAGAUCAACGGCGACAGCACAGCGGGCAUGACCCACAGCCAGGCUGUGGAGCAGAUCCGCAAGGGGGGCCACCGCAUCCACCUCAUCCUCAAGAAAGGCAACGGAUACGUGCCGGACUACGGCCAUGAAGGUGGAGCGGCCUCUCCCUCCUCCCUCUGCCCUGAGGAGCCCGGCGUGGCUGCGGUAGCUUUCUCCCUCCCACGGAUCAGCGAGAAGGGGGCCGGCGGAGGGGCCGAGAGGAGAGAGGGGCGAAGGAAAGGAGGAGGCAUCGGCGCGGGGCCGAGGAGCAGCCGAGGCGGAGCGGAGGAGGACAGGGGAGGCGCUCCUGGUAGCGAGCGGGGCACGGGAGACCCGGCCGGUAGCGCGGUUUCCUCCCGUUUGGGGAGGGAGAGGGAGAGGUCAGCGAGAGGAAGGGAGAGGGAGAGUUCGACCAGCAAGGUGCCAAAGGGAAGAGAGGAAGAGGAGGAGAGCAUGCGGAAGAGAGAAAAGAAAGACAGGGAGGGGCAGCGAGCCAGGGAGAAGGGCAGAAGCUUGGGGGACCGCCGGAGUGGCGCGCACGGUGGAACUCCGAAGAGAGGAGAGAGAGCGAGGCGAGAGAGCAUUCCUUUGUCACACAGGGAAGGGGAGAGGCUGGAGUUGAGCAGGCAGGAAGUAAGAUGUGAAAAGAGGGCGAGCAGGAAGCAGGGAGAGAGAGAGUGCGAUGACGUCGCUUCGCCCGAGGCCGCGGUAGAGGUCACGAAGAGGGUGCCCUUCUCCUUCCUCAUGCCCCUGGACGAUGACAACUGUGUCACCGACGACCUGUCCGACGCAGACUCGGCACUCAGCUUCUCAGAGGUCAGCGUGUCGGCAGCUAGCGUCUCGUUCGCCGAGGCCCGCCAGUCCCCAUACCCCGGCGAGCCCCGCGAGCCCUCUGCCGCCCCGGGCCCCUGGCUUGUCCCCAGCCCCCACAAACUCUCUCAGGUCUUAGAAGGAAACAGGCUAAGCCGGCACGAAGUAGGACUGUGGUUCUGACAAGUGUAACCCCGGACUCUCUC